AGCAAGCAAGCACACAAGCAAAAGGCAAAGCAAUCAAAACAAGGCGAAAAGCAAGCCAUUGGUCCAACGCAGUGCGCUGUCAUCAUCAUCGAUUCAAAAACGCCAAGUUGUCCUCCCCAGCCAGCAUUGACCACGGACACUGAUUGACUGGCCAACCAACCAGCACGCCCUCUCUUCUUGUCGUCCAUCCACCCCACUCUCGGUCUGCGCACCCCGUCACGCACAUGGGCGUGGUGGUGUCGUCGUGCAAGGCAUCCAAGGGCACGCGCGUGCAAGAGGCUCCAGCGUACCGGCAGCGGGAGCAGCAGCAAGACUACCACGACGACGGCCUCAACGAGCCAGCGACCUUCUCGCACCUCACAACCGACGGCAGUGGCAAUCGCCAGCAACAGCACAACCAACAGCAGCAGCAGCAGCAGCAGCAGCAGCAGCAGCAGCAGCAGGACCAGCAGCGUGAACGUGCCGUCAUGGAGCAGCAGGUGCAAAAGGGACAGGCCAAUCAACAUGGCGUGCACCACGACGCCCCUCUCAAGCCAGGCGUGAUCAAGGUCUUCCUCAGCUCGCCGUUUGGUGGCAUGGAGGAUGAGCGCAGCAUCUUGGUGGAGCGGUUCAUGCCAACACUCGAGCGUCACUGCGCUCUCCGAAACAUCUCCCUGCAGAUGGUUGAUCUUCGGUGGGGCAUCACAACGGAGCAGGCGCACGCGAACGAGACGCUGCGCAUCUGCAUGAAGGAGAUUGACGACUGCGACAUCUUCAUCGGAUUCUAUGGUGGGCGAUAUGGCACGUCGCACAAGAUGAACAUCAGCCACACGGCGUGGGUGUUUGAUGCCUUCCGCGUGGCCGCUGCGGAGUACCCGUGGGUCAUGGACUGGACGGAUCGCGGUAUCACGGAGGUUGAGUACAGACACGGCUUCCUCAACGACCCAACAGCCAGGCGAUGCGCCUUCUUCUUCCGCGACAGCAAGUACGAUGAAGAGAUGGUCAAGCACUACGAGCAGAAAAACAUGUACGACCGCGCCUCCCACUUCUACAACGGCGAUGAGGGCGACUUGCGAAAGUUAAACGCACUCAAGAGCGAAGUACGCGCUCGCCAGGCCUGCCCCGUGCGGGAUUAUGCAACACCAGAACACGGCGCCGAGUUGAUGUUUGAAUUCCUGGAGCAGCAGAUCCUGCACUUGCUCAAGGGCGCAGCGAAGCAGCAGCAGCAGCACGGUGGAGAGGCCCUUCUGGAUGUGCACCACUCGUUUGCUGCCGCCCGUCAGCGCAUCUUCGUCGGCGGAGACGGCAGGAUUGCGCAACUCAAGGCGGCCCUCAACACCCUCCAACACCCCACCACCACCGCCACCACUACGAGUGAUCGCCGGGUGCUGGCUGUAUACGGUCCGUCCGGCAGCGGAAAAAGCGCGCUGCUGGCCAACUGGGCAAAGCACCACACGCGCACACACACGCAGGACUCUGUGUUUGUGCAUUUCGCCGGCUGCGAUGCAGAAUCGUCGCAGCUCGAGAAUGUCUUCCGUCGACUCUACAGGCACUUGUUCCGCAUCAUCCUGAGCGAUGAUCAGGCAGCGAACGCCACAGAUGGCGAUGGUGAUGGCGAUGAGCGCCAGUCGCUGCUCGCUCUGGCCACCGCACACGACGUGCACACGCUUGUCAACGAGCUCCCUCGGGUGCUGUCUGCCGCCGGCGCUGUUCUUUCUGCAUCGAAUCGCCGUUUAUUUCUUGUCUUUGACGCGUUGAACCAAAUGGCCAAUACGCGGUUCUCGUGGCUCAAGGGUGGCGCCGUGCACAACCUCGGCUGGUUGCCUGCAAGCAUGCCGGCCAACGUCGUGGUGAUUGCAUCCACGCUACCGUGCGACUGCCAGGACACGCUCAUGGCAUGGAACACGCCGAGCUUUGAAGUGCCGCUGAUGAGCGAGGAGGAGCGAGAAGAUUUUGUUGUGCAGCGCAUGAAGCUUGCAAGCAAGACGCUGACGCCACCCCAGCUCUCCUCCAUUCUAAACGCACCCGCAGCCAAAAAUGCCCUAUUUCUGGUCCUCCUCACCUCAGAACUCGUUUCGUUUGGGCAUUUCGAAAGCCUGGACGACAAGAUUGCCGAGCUCACACGCACGCGGACAAUUGACGCCCUUCUCGUUGCCAUUCUCACCAGGCUCGAACACACGUUUGCAUCGCAAGGAUCUGCGGUGGCGGACGUUUUAUCCGCCAUUGCCGUGUCCCGAACGGGAAUGGAGGCGGAGGAGCUGCGUGCAAUUUGCAAUCUAAACGCGCCCGAGCAGAGCAUUGCCUGGUCUGCGCUGUACAACGCUCUUAGCUUCCUCCUCGUCGAGCGCGGAACAACGCUGUCCUUUCUCCACGACUACGUGCGCCGGGCAGUGCACAACAAGUACCUGUCGACGGCAGAAGCGCGGCGCGCUGCGCACGUGCGUUGUGAGUCCUUCUUCAAAGUGCGGCUCCUGCUGGAACGAAAGUCCGUUGACUGCCGCCGCCCCCACACCGUCGCGCUCAUCCGCAAGCACACAUGUCAGGAGCUCGUGCACCACCAGCUGCAGGCCAACCACAUCGAGGCUGCGAGUGAGACGGUGACGGAUCUGCUGUACAUUGCCGCGUGCUUCCACCACGGGCUGCUGUCGUCAGUGCUGCCCGAUUUGAUCCAGACCCUCGAAGCCCUCACACCAUCAACACCAACACGCCCGCAAACAAGCAGUGCAGGCAGCACACGCGCGGCCACUGAGGAUAGUGACGAUGCAGCGCAGGGGACGGGCGGCGGCCGUGUGUCGGACCGACUUCGCAUAUUCCAACAACACGACCAGCAAUCACAACGACAACGACAGCAACGACAACAGCAGCAUGGGCGUGCUGGUGUUGGUGCUGGUAGUGGUGGUGCUGGACACACAACUGCAGGCUGUGCUGAUGGCGGCAGCGUGGUGGACAGGACAGGCCCCGCGUAUGCACGCACAGCUCUGAUGCUGCGUUUUGUCCGCACACACGCGCACGUGAUCGAGCAACGUCUGAUGGGGGUGUUGCAGGCUGCGCUCACCAUGCCAGACACAAGCUUCAUCUUCCAGCAGGUAACGGACUUGCUCAAAGCGAGCACACCCUCUCCAUCAUCAUCAUCAUCCUCGGCCCUCACGGCCCACACGCCAGCAGCUGCGCGCGCAGCGAAACAGGGCACCACCACCUCUAUCACGACGAUGACGCCCACCGCCACGACCACAAGCAGGCGCGGUGUCGCUGUCAUCAGCAGCGAUGUGGGGGAGGAGGGUGCUGUCACACCCUUUAUGGAGUGGAUGAACAAGCCCACGGCCGAGAACCCUUGCAGCUUCACCAUGACGCUGCCGGAGUUUGAGGCUGUUGGUUGCGCGUGUGUCAACAGCGCUGGCGAUUGUGUCGCCGUUGGCACAGACAACGCUCUCGUUGCGGUGUUUGAGGUGCGCACGUGUGGGAGCGUGGUUGCUGUGCUACGGGGUCACGACAGCACCGUCCUGAACGAGGGCGAGUGGAACCAGAGCUUCAAGGGCGCAGUCAAGUGCGUUGCCUUCAGCCACGACGACGCCGCUCUCAUCUCAGCGUCUGUGGACGGCGCUGUGGUGGUGUGGGAUACAACCACGUACUCGCUGCGCUUUCGCUUGGACGGGCACGCCCAGUAUGUCCGUUCAAUGUGCAUCACAUCACGCGAUGUUCUCUACACGGCCAGCGAGGAUGCGUGCGUGAUUCGGUGGGACAUUAACACGGGCGAGAAGCUUGGGCAGGUGCAGGCGCACAGCAGCGAGGUGGUGGAUCUUGGAUGGAUGCGAGAGACAAAGGGCGCAAUUCUCUCCAUGACAAUGGUUGGCGAUGGUGAUGUGAUUGUCACCUUCAGCGCAGACACGGAAGUUAAGGGGUUCACACCCGAUCUCAAGGAGCUGUUCUGCGUUUCAUCAAAGCACAUUCCUUCCCUCACAAAGGGUGCAACCAUCACUGCCUCCCCAACGCAACGCGUCCUGGCUUUUGGGGACCACCGCGGUGCUGCUGGUGUGAUUGAGCUGGACACCCGUGGUCAUGUGUCCAGGAUUGCGCUCCUCCAACAGCACGGCGGGCACGUUACGCACGUCACAUUCAGCGACGACGGCAGAUUCUUGCUCACAUCGUCGCAGGACAAGUCCUUACGCGUGUUUGCGGUGUCGGACUGCCUUGCUGCCGCACAGCCGUUUGACCCACAGGCUGAGUUCAAGGGCAAGCCGUGCACGGAAUGCGUGCAGGCAACAGGCCACACCUCCUGGGUACUGCGAGGCGCAUUUAUCGAAGGGACACACCAGUUUGUGUCUGCGGGUUUGGAUGGCGCGCUGCGACUGUGGAAAUUUCAAGUGGACAAACGCUCCAACCGCCCCACUACAGUUAAAUGCGUUUCAGUCGUGGACGCACACGCGACGGCCAUUGACACGCUCGUGUACAAUUCAGCAAUGGGGAUGGUGAUCACGGGCAGUGCUGACCGCUCCUGUCGCUCGUGGGAUCUCGACAACUUGGCAGCAGCAACAACCACCGUCCAACACAAGUUCAAGGUGACGGACAUUGCGAUGAGCGACGAUGGCUCGCGUGUUGCGACGUCGUCCGAUGAUCGAACUGUUCAUCUGUGGGAUGCAGCAAACGCCACAUGCACCAGCACAUCCAGACACGCGCCCGCUGUCAACUUCAGGGGCAUCGCAUUCGCCGGUGCACACGACGACGCGAUUGUGACGGGCACUUCGCACGGCGACCAGUGCUACGUCUGGCCAAAUUCAAAGCUUGACGCUGAUCCAUUGCGACUUCAGAGCGGUCCCCAUUCCGGGGCGCAGGUGCUGUGCACACAUCUCAGCAGCGACGAGUCUGCUGUUGCCCUCGGGUACAUGACAGCAAGCUUCAACCGAAAGUAUAGCUGUGUCGUUAUCAUGCGCGUGCACGACGGCGAACGCGAAGCCAUUCUCGAGGGGUUCACGGACAGCGUUUCAUUUGUUGCGUGGGCAGCGCGCGACAGAGUGAUUGUGUCCGCCGCGGAGGACGGGUGUGUGCGUGUGCACCGUCGAUCGGGGGAACUGAUUGCCGAGCACACGCGCGGAAGCGGAGACAAAGAUCGGAGCAUCAUGGAGGCAGUCAUUGUAUCACCAUCACCAUCAUCACCACCACCACCACCAUCAUCAUCUUCAUCAUUGAAGUCAUCCAGCAGUGCCGGUGACACUUCGCUGCAGCUGCUGUUGUGUCGGGUGAGGAGUGUGGAAUUGAUUUCCCUUCACAUUUCCCCGGACCCAACAUCCGUUUACUUCAGCCAGGAGUGGACGCGCUGCUUCGGCGACGAGCGAGUGGCGUGUGCGACGGCAAUCCCAAAAUGUGGUGUGCUUGCAUGCACACUCGAGGGCGGACACCUCCAGUUCCUCAGCCUCAAGACGGGGGCGUUGCUUGCAUGCAUCGGACACGCUUCGCCGCUGCUGGCGUGUGCGUUUGACACGAACAAGGAUCGCCUCGCCGUUUCCGACGAUCAGGGCCGGCUGUUUAUGUUCUCCAUCAGUGGCAAUGGCAAGGGCCCUCAUGACGCCGGUGAUGGUGAGAGUGAGGGACAACAGGUCGCAGAGGGCGAGCCGUUGCCUGCAAGCAAAACAGCAACAUCGCCCCCAAUCACAACGCUCGCGGACAUGUUCGCGGACACGAGCGCACCGGCAGGACGUGUGCAGCUUCCAACGAGGAGCGACCAUACACCACGCAGCGACGACACUAGCAAUAACGACAACGCCAACACCGAUGACAACACCAGCGGUGGUGGCGGUGGUUGUGGCGGGUUCAUGUCUCUCCAAGCGGAGUAUUCGAUGUGCGUUGCCAGUGCGUGGUUGCAGUCGCUCUGCUUCUGUGCAGACGGCUCACAGCUGGCUGUUGGCUCCAACGGACAUGUGUCCGAGAAGAAACGCGAGAACAAGCUGUCGUGCGCGUUGGUGGUGGACGUCCAGUCCAGAUGCGUUUCAUUUCGCAUCGGCUCGCCGGACCUGGACGAGCUGGAGAGGAGCGUGGGCGGGUAUCUGGUGGGAUUGCGGGAACGAAACGCUGGUGGCUCCUCGUCACGGUCUGCAUUGGCUGGACAGGCCUUGACAUAUGUGGACGGCCAUGGCACAACGCGCCCGUUCCCGCCGUGCAACAUCACAUGGACAGACGUCGGCUACACCAUCGCCUGCCUUCAGUUCUUCUGCGUGUCGCUCCCGUUCACGUCUUCUGGAAACCGCCACAUGCUGCUCGCGGGCAAAGGAUCAACAGCCAUCCUCAUCGACACAACCAAGCACAAGAUUGUGCGCAAGUUUGAAGGGCAAACGCAGGGAACGCGGUUCAUCUCCCGCUCGUUCGACGGGCGGGCCGUGUACACGUGUGGCGGCCACGGCACCAUUGAGAAGUGGUCGCUCGACGCAACUCGCAUAUGGACAGCCGGUAGACACGCACAGGUCAUCACAAACCCAGGUGUUGAGUCGCCGAGCGGACGCGCGGUGGCGACACCGUCGGCGGACGGAUCGUGCAUGCUCUGGUGCACACGCACGGGCGCACUCGUGGCAGCAUGCCUCAUGCCAUUGAAGGAUGACAGGCAGCACGCAGGGCAACAACGGCAACAGCAGCAACACGCAGGGCAGCAGCAGCGUGGCAUGGCUGCAGAGGAGGAAUCACGGUCCGAAAAUCCGCUGGCACGUGUCGACCACGUGCUCGGGUGUUGCUGGCUGCCGUACGGGGAUUACAUCGUGUGCGCAACAAAGAGCGGCCGUGUUGGGCUGUGCCGCGUGGGCAGCGUGCUUCAAGACCAUGGCACUGGCCUUCGUCAUCGUGUUGGUGGCGGUGGUGGCGGUUACAGCCGAAGCAGCAGCAGCGUGAGUCUUGGUGGUGCGUCGUCGACGGGUAAGACACAGUCGGCAGCAACACCAGGAGGCAUGCCAGCCAUCCCCGAGACGGUAUCCACAGCAGCACUGGACCAAGCAACGGGUGCAUGGGGUACAAACAAGUCAACAUCACCAAGCUCAGCACCAGCACCAGCAUCGUCAUUAUCAUCGUCACGAUCCAAAUCACCGCCUUCUCGCGGGGGGCGGGGCAAGCGACGACACAGGGCCGUGGUGCUGUCGUUCCAGACGCUCGCCGAACAGCACACGGAGCAGGUGAAUGCGCUGUGCGUUUCGCCGGAUCUAACACUCGUGACAGCGAGCAGCGACUGCACCUGUCGUGUCUGGCACCUCACAUACACGCACGACGACGCCGACGACGACAGCGACAGCAGGGGCAGUCCGGGCGAUGGUGGCGUUGGUGGCGGUGGUGGCGGUGGUGGUUAUGUUGUAGUUGCCCGUGCUGGUGUCGUGUAUCGACAGCACACACGAGACGUCUUGGACGUCAUAUUCGAUGCAAGGUUCAACACGAUCCUGUCUGGUGGAUGGGACCACUGCAUCAAGAUCUGGCGACGUGACGGCACAACACUCAACAGCAUUGCCGUCCACGGCAACACAAUCAGGUGCAUUGUGCCGACUGCUGCUGGGGGUUUCGUUGCCGGUGACCGGCAGGGGCACGUCAUGUUCUUCAAGCGUCGCGAUGAUGACGAUGAUCACGAAGAGAUGGACGCACGCGAGUUUGCCAAGAGCCGCGCCCUGGCACGAUGGUGCUCGUUCAGAUGCUGGCAGCACUCCCUCAUUCUUCACCACGCAUGAUACCCAAUGACUCACUGAGUUUGCAUUGACAAGAAGUUGUGUAAAUGUAGCCACCUGUGACUUUUGUUCCUCUCCGCCACAAAUACACGCACGGCAUCACAAUGACGAUCAAUCUGUUUCUGUGUCAUUCAUUCCACUUGCUUGAAUAAAGCAGGAUGCCAUCAUGGUCCUCAC